UCUACAACUUCCUUACUCCUUCUGCAUAAAUACCAAACAUGUGAAGCCAUUGAGGUUUAGCUUUUCACUAUCUAUCACACAAGAUGGGUCUCAACGCCUCCUUUUCUCUCCUCUCGCUAACCCUCUUACUCCUCUUCUCUACCCUUGUUACAGCCGAUAACAUCACACACGCGUUUGAGAAAUACUCCAAUUUCAGCACAAUGAGUGACCUCUUCACCAGUACCAAGCUCACUACACUCAUAAGCAAAUACCAAACCAUAACCCUACUCGCUGUUAACAACAGCGCCAUCGGUUCUAUCACUAACAAAUCCGCCAUUGAGCUCAAGAACAUCCUCAUGACUCAUGUCAUUCUUGACUACUACGACGAGCUCAAGCUCAAGGGGAUGAAGGAGACGAGCAUGAUGCUCACUACCUUGUACCAAACAACCGGUUUGGGUGAAGAGAUGAACGGUUUCCUCAACUGUACCAAAUCUAAAGGAAGAGUUUACUUUGGAUCCGGAGUAAAGGGCUCGCCUCUAAACGCUGAGUAUGUUACCACGUUGUAUCACAACCCUUUUAACCUGUCUAUAAUCCAGAUUAGCAUGCCCAUUGUGGCUCCUGGACUCAGCUUAGCAGUUCUCCCACCUCCACCACCACCCGUUCCUUUGGCUCCAGCUCCAGCUCCGUCUCCGGCUCCGGCUCCAUCUCCUAUGCAUGCUGCAAUGGCUCCAGGUCCAUCUCCCAUCAGUGGUGCAACCCCUUCAGCUCCAGCUCCUGGACCAGGGGAUGAAGACAAUGUCUCAGAUAGUAAUGAUCCAAAACUUACACCUGAAGCAGAGACACCUGAAGCAGAGACACCUGAAGUUGAUUCUCCUGCACCUACUCCAAGCGCUGAUAAUGAGAAGAUUGAAGCUGCUGAUAAGGCUGGGAAGACCUCUUCUGCUUGUAAGGCACGUUUUAGCUUUGAAGUUGUUCUCUUGCUAGUAUUGUUUGUUAGCUCUGCUUGGUUUUAAGUUGGACUUAGAUGAUGUGGUCAAUGACAAUAAUGGUAGAUGAGAUUCAAAACAUUCAUUCAUUUAUUCAUUCAUUCAGUCUGUAGUUUUCUUUACCAAGAAGAGAGACGAGUGUGAUCAUUGUUCUGUUGAACUUGUUACACAGUUCUAAUUCUAAGUGUGUAAUUAGAACAUAGAUUAACCAA